GUCACCGACCGUAAGCGACCUUUACUUUACCUCAGAUGGAGUUAUAUAAGUUGGAGUAACGGUGGUUUGGAGGCUGUUUCUACCUGUUCGUACCGACCUCACAGGCUGCGUCCACCGUUACCGUCUCAGAUCUUCAGCUUCAGAAGAGAUGACCUCCCAAGUCAGACUGAGGCUGCUGCCGAGCGCCAGAUGCCUGUUUGAUGAGCCUAUUCAGGUGAAGGUGGCCGGGCUGAAGUCCAAACAGGUGGUCACCAUGAGAGCCAGAUCGACUGACGAGAAGGGAGUGGUGUAUAGCUCCUCAGCCACCUACAGGGCUGAUGGGAACGGGGAGGUCGACCUGGAGAGAGACCCCUCGCUCAGCGGGAGCUACGUCGGGGUCGAACCCAUGGGCCUGCUGUGGUCGAUGAAGGCAGAGGCUUUGCACAAACGGUUUCUGAAGAUGAGUUCACUGAACCCCCACGUGGUGAAGUUCUCCGUGCACGAGGAGGAGGAAGGGGAGGGCAGGAUGCUGGCAGAGGCGACCAAUGAGAGGUUUCUGAUUGGAGAUGGAGUCAGCCGGCUUCCCGUCAAAGAGGGGAACGUUCGGGGAGUCCUGUUUACUCCUCCAGGUGAAGGUCCAUUCCCAGCUGUGUUGGAUCUGUACACUUUGGGCGGCGGUGUGUCUGAGAAAAGGGCCGCUCUGCUGGCCAGUCGAGGAUUCGUGGUCAUGACCAUCGCGCUGUUUGGACAGGACGACAUGCCGAAGAACAACCUGGUUCAUCUGGACUUUUUUGAGGAAGCAAUAGAGUUUUUAAAAAGACAAGAUAAGGUGGGCAGCAAAGGAGUUGGUGUAAUGUCAAUUUCAAAAAGUGGAGACCUCGCUCUUUCAAUGGCCUCUUAUCUGCCAGGCAUCGAGGCCACUGUGUGCAUCAAUGGCUUAUGUGCCAAUACUGCUUUCCCUCUCUUCUAUAAGAAGAGCAAAAUCCUCCCUCCGUUAAGUUUCGACGUCAGCAAGAUGAUUCCUGCUGAGUCAGGGGCCGUCAUGGGCAAAAAUAUUAUGAGCAACCCGCUGGCAGAGGAGAACAAGGACUGUCUGAUCCCCAUCGAACAAGCCAAGGGACGUUUCCUCUUCCUGGCUUCAGAGGACGACCUCAACUGGGACAGCAAAGCAUCCUUGGAUGGGAUGGUGGAGCGACUGAAGCGUCACGGGAAGGACAACUUUGAGAGCGUGUCUUACCCCGGAGCAGGACAUUACCUGGAGCCGCCUUACGGUCCCUACUGCCCCUCCAGUUUCCAUGUGGUUGUGGGUAAACCGAUCCUGUGGGGGGGUGAGCCCAAAUCUCACGCAGCAGCUGAAGUCCACAUGUGGAAGAAGGUCCAGGAGUUUUUCAGAGCUCACCUGAGCUGUGAUGGCGCACAGAGAAAAGAUAAAAACUGAAAUAAAGAAUAAACAAAGAUAGAAUAAUGGAUACAGAUAUUACGACACAGAAGACGUCUUGGUUGCCGGUUAACCGUAAAUCAGUGUUUUGCAACAAAGCAAAUGAUUCAGUGUUUGAUUGAUGACUUUAUACUUGAACACAACCUUUUUCUAACAUCAACUGUAUUAACUGUACAUGGUACUCUGGCGCCUAUUAACGUGUCAACACAGACCUGCUAGUAUUUGUCUCUUCACGAUUUUAAUCACAUAAUUAAACACGUUGUUUAACUAUUUUUUUGUCUUAGUUUGAAGAGAGUUUGAAAGCCUAGCUUUGAACAGUGUUCUCUGUUUCUUUGAAUGUAACUUUGUUGUUUCUGUAAUCUGAGGUUCUGUGUUUAGUUUACAAUUCAUACUAUCACAUCUGAAUUUGGUUGCAGCAGGACAAAAAGGUCUUGGAAGGUGUUAUAGUUGCCACAUGUUUGCAUUUGAAAUGUUCACUGUAUUUUCUUGUGGGAUGUUUUAUUAAAAGGAUCAGAAAUCUG